CAAUUUAUACCAAUGAAUAGCAAUGCAGAUGUGUACAUGAUCCACAACGGAGUACGAUGCCAGCCCACCCCAAUGUUUUUAGCUAGUUCGGACAGGAAUAAGAAUGGAUAGAGACAACUUCCACAGUAUUCAGCCUGACCUAGAUUACACUGUUUCUUACUAGUGUCAGUGACAUUCACGCCACCGACGGCACGGGCCCAACACUGAACAAGAAAACGAGCUCCAUUAGUUGGCAUUUGCUUCAGCAGAAUACCUUCGAUGACUGUUCACCAGGAAGCUCAGGUUUGGUAUCGGUUCCUGGAAAUCUGAACCCAUCCCACUCCUUGUAAUUACCAUGCCUAAGAAGAAGGAAUCAUAUAAAGCUAGGAAGAGGCAGCAAUCAUCCGCAAAGUGCAGAUCAGCACACUCAAAAGAUGAGAGCAUUAAAGGACCCAGUACCGAUCCCCAAGGGACACCGGGAAACAGAGAAGAAGCAGCUUUUCCUGUCCUGGAUGCAGCUACAGUAAUGACCGAAGUGAGACUUGGAGGAGACGAGAAUCAAAGGGACAAGAAUACCCAACUCCAAAACGACAGUACUCAACAUGUUACUCAACCUUCAGGGGUCAGUGAAAUGCAAAUGAAUUUGCUGGACAGCCUGCCAGGACUGACUGAACUUGCGUUGUGGAAAGUAAGUGAGGUCAUUUCACCACACCGAAUCCUGCCUUUGGGACUGAGACUUGGUCUACAUGAUCCAAAAUUAAGAAACAUUAUUGCUAGUAGUAUCCAGCAGGAAGAGAAAACCUUCAGGAUGUUCUAUGACUGGGACAGAAACCAAGAAGGUGACCAGUCCAAGUUUCUCUUUAGGGUCCUGACAUCAGAAGAGAAGCUAGACCAGGAAGAGGUCUUUGAUAUGUUCUUUGAGAAACAGCAUAUAUGUCAAGGGUUCUUUGGCAGAGAUUUCCAAGAUUUCCAGUUGCAUGAGAUUGCAGAGGAAUUACAUGUCGAUAAGCUCAUCCCUUUGAGUCUCCGACUUGGCCUGACUUAUUCAAGGAUCUACCGUGUUCGCGAAGACAGCAAGUCUCAUUCUGUGAAUGUGUGCUACGCAGUUAUGAUGCUCUGGCGCAAGGAGCAGACUUCUCAGAUCGACCAGUUUGAAUCUCUUGCAAGUGUCAUGGAGGCCUGCCAAGAGAAGAAAUUAGCUUACCAGAUUCGCCAAAAUCACUUUGGAGUGACCAAUGAGAACAAGACCUUGCUCAUCAGUGAAGAACGACCCAUGGAGGGCUUGGGAGAAGUUCAGCUCAAUGUCUCCCAUGCCAACAAGCUGGUUAGGGAAGAAGCUCAAGGCAGGCUGCAAGCUGUCCUAGAAGCAGGUUUUUCAGAGACUAGUGUGGCACUAUCUCCCGGAGGGGAAAUAGCAGAAUUUUUAAAAGGGCUGAAGGAAUGUAGCCUGUUUUUCAAGCGUCACUCAGCUAUGGUAAAGUCCCUAGAGAAGACAGUAGGAAGAGAUGGAAUGUACAAGUUGAUUGGAUUGACCGUGGAUUCCAUCCACUUCCAUGUGAAGGUGUAUACCAUGGAAGGGCUACAUGCCCUACAAAUGGACAUCCAAAGUGGCCGCAUCGGACAUGACCUUGGCAAGGUACUUCUCUCUGAAGAAACCAAGCAGCAGUUUACAGAAGACAUUGUUUUGGAUGUUACUUCGGAAGGUGGUGCUUGGAAUCUCCUUUCAUCUGCAGUCAAUGACCUGCUUCCAUCAAACACUAGUCCGUCAACAGAGUUAGAGCCGAGGCAAGAAUUGAAAGUAGACAGAGCCCCGUUGAUUGAUCUUCUCUCAACUGACAAACGAGAUAUUGAGCAAGCGACUGUCCAUUUCCAGGAGGAAGAGCAUUCUGAAGUCCAAGGUGGUUGUGAAGAAGGAUCUUUAAGGGCAUUUAUUUCACCAAGUAGACAAGAGAUGUCAGGUGAUGUUACGCUGAAAGGAAGAGAUGUGGAAACACAUGCGGAGACACCAUCAGCAGGUAAAGCACCAAGAAGGAUGGAAGACUGGACAGAAGAAGAGGUGGCAGACUGGCUGAAAACUGAUGUACAUUUUUCAGAUGAAAUUGUGCGUAAGUUUGAAGGGGUAGAUGGUUACACAUUGGUAUGGUAUACCAGUGAUGAUUUAAAAGAUGAUUUAAAAGAUUAUGGGCUCGCCCCAGGUUAUUGCAGAAGACUGCUUAUAAAGAGGCAGCAUUACCUUGAAAAAGAACAGAUGCAUAUGGAAGCCACUCCCAAAUCUGUAUCAUCUAAGAUUAGGUAUGGUAACUCAAGUGACAGCGCAUCGGAGAGUGUACCUAGUCCUGUCAUAGUGGAUUCUUCCCCUUCUCCAUCCGUAUCCUCAGAUUCUAAUGAAAAGUUUCAGCAAUCAGAAUACAUGCAGAUAUCAUCUUCAAGAGCAACAGGCAAUGGCAGUGAUGAAGGUAAGAAACAGACCACAAUAUCUGCUUCUCAAACAGUAGAACCUGAUGCACCACUUAAUGCUGGAGAGUCUACUCAAGACAUGGAGCCAGAAUGUAGCCCGUCUAUUACUUCCUCAACACCAAAUGCAGCUGAAGUGGUUUCACCAUUGCCCCAGUGUGGGUAUCCAGAAAUGCCUGAUGAUUCCAGGAUUCUAGAAAUUACAGGCAAGAAAUAUGCCACAAUAUCUGCUUCUCAAACAGUAGAAUCUGAUGCAUUGCUUAAUGUUGGAGAGUCUACUCAAGGCAUUGAGCCAGGAUGCAGCCCUUCCGUCACUUCCUCAAGAAGAAGUGCAACAGAAGUGGAUUCAACAUUGCCUUUGCAUGGUUAUCCAGAAAUGCCUGAAGAUUCCAGACUUCCAGAAACUCCAGGCAGGAAAAAAGCCACAAUAGCUGGUUCUCAGAUGGAAGAACCUGAUGCUGUAGAGUCUACUCAAGGCAUGGAGCCAGAAUGCAGCCUAUCCUUCACUUCCUCAAGUACAACACAAGUGGAUUCAACAUUGCCUUUGUAUGGCCAUCCAGAAGUACAGGAAACCCUACAUGCUUCAUCUGAGACUGUAGGGAUGGACAAAAACUCAAAUACAGAGAAAAGGCUUGCCAAUCUUCUUCUUGGGUCUGACAAAGGUGAACUUGAUUCAUCCUAUUAUCCAGUUCUGGUUGUGAACACACCCUCUCAACUGAUGAAUUCUGCAGAGGUUGGGGACCAGUAUGGUUUCAUGGCUUCUGUCAACUGGAAUGUUGUCUUUGACUGCAAUGCAGAUUCCAACAAGGUGGGGCUCUGUCAGUAUGUUAAUCAGAGGAAAUCUAUCAAGAUCUUGAAUGCAGAUAAAUUCACAGAGACCAAGGAUGUAGAUCAACUCAGAGAGCAAAUUGACUUUCCUGAGAUUCCUGUAUGGGUGUUCCCUAACGGUCGGAAUGAUGUGAAUGUGAAGGGAAUGGACAAGUUGUCAGAUAUAGACUGGAUGAGAGAGAGAUCGCAUGCAGUCCUGAACACUGUCCGGUUCUUCUCUGACCCUGGUGUCAUUCCACCAGGCAGAGCCGUUGUUGUGUUCCUUCUUCUUUCGUACUCUGAUAUAAUGGUGAUGACUCAGUUAUUCAGGGAAUUCUACACUUCCAAAUCCUUCCAAGACUUAAAACGUUUCACAAUCAUUGCAGAGGAUCGGGGUGUACUGCAUAGGUGGAUUCAGCAUCUUGAAAGUCAGUGCAUUGUUUCAAGCAAGAACAUGAUGGAAAGAUGUCUUGGGGGAGUGAAAUGGCAAGAGAUCAACACAUAUAUGAUGAGACUUCUAGGAUCCUGUGAAACUGGUUUGCCAGUUCUUCCAAUGGUUCGUAGAGGACAGUGUGAGCUCAUGAAGAAACACCAGAGUCAAUGGUCAGACAUAACAGUCUUGGCCAAAAAUGAGUGCGAAAACACCUCUAUGGAUGAGAGUAACCCAAAUUUCUUGGAUUUUGUUCAAGAGAAAGAGUCUCGAUUCUACCAAGGCCAUGGGGUUGACUGGUGGAAUUUCUAUCUCUCAGAAGAUAAGUUAAAUAGAGGCAAGGGGUACAAUCAUGUGUUGAAACGCCAGAACUACACAAGACUACAUGAUAAUGUUCUGAAAAUUCUUGCCUCUCCAGGCAAGAAAGUUGACCACAUUUCCAUGGCAACUGUCUUUCAUGAACCAGGUGCAGGAGGCACAACUGUAGCAAAGAACCUCUUGUGGGAUUUCCACCAAGACCACAGAUGUGCAGUUGUCAAUAGGGUUACCAAUGACACUGUGACUCAGAUUGUAGCUUUUCACAAAUAUGGCUAUGAGGAAGGCCAAAAGCCAGGACCCGUUGUCCUCCUCUUGGAAAACUUGGAAUCUGAGAUCAUGCGGUCAUUUCUGAUAAGCCUGGAAAGAGAAACUAGGUAUCUAGAAGACAAUGGAGUGGCUUUUGUACUCAUCCAUUGCAAAAGGACAUCAGAUCCUCAACUUCUUCUGAAAAAGGAAGAAUCAAAGUUAUGUGUUUGUAUCGAACAUAAACUAACAAACAGAGAGAAAUGUUGGUUCACAGAAAAGACCAAAGAUCUAGAGAAAAGGAAAGUGUUCAAUGAAGAAAGUUCUCCUGAACUCCUUCUUGCUUUCAUGGUCAUGAAAAAGGAAUGUGCCCCAGAUUACUUGAAAGAUGUUGUCAAGGCCAUCCUCCCACGUGUCGACUCAAAAUCCAAUAAGUCACUUCUGAAUGCUGUCAAUCUGUUGAAGUACAUCGCUGUAGUGCAGUUGUACAAUCCUGAUUUUGCUAUGCCUGUUUCAGCCUGUGAUGGUUUCAUGCAAACUCAAUAUAGAGUCACAUCAACAGGUCAGCAUCGGACAUUAGGCCCCUGGGAGAAAAAUAGGGAGCCAUUUCUGAACCUUCUUCUCCUUGAAGAAUUCAUUCAAGAUAUCGAUGGUUGUGUCAAAGGCCUUAAAGUGGUACAUCCUGUUAUUGCAAAUGAAAUAGUGCAUCAACUAGGCGAACAAUUCCAACAACGCCCAGCUGACAUGAUUCUUGAACUUCUUGAAAAGUCGUCAAUACUGGAUACUUUGUCUUACAGCAAAGGCUACAUUCAGAAGGUCUGUAGAGAUUUGAUGGUAAGGAGACUGAAGAAAGAGUAUGGAGAUGAUAAAGAGACUGACUUUGCACCAUUUAUUGAAGAUGUUUAUGAAGAGGAUAGAGAGAAGGCAUUCAAGAUCAUGGAAGUUGGUAUCAAGAAAUUCAAAGAUCCAUUCAUUGCACAGCAGAAGGCACGACUCCACAGCAAAAAGGAGGAUGACUCGGAUAAUGCUGAAAAGGCAAUUAAUAUUGCACUUGGCAUUGUUAAGAAUAACUCAUACUUGUGGGACACUAAAGGGAUCAUUUUGCGGCAGAAGAUGGCAAAGUAUGAGCGCCGGGUAGACCAGGAGUUUAUCAGUGACCAUGAAAUGCAGGAGUUGUUGCAUGCCUUCAAGGAAUCCUGUCUUGCAUUUCAAGAAGCACAGAAGGCAAUGGAAGAGGAAGCACGAAGAAGAAAUUAUGCUGGGUUUGUAGGCGAGAUCUUCUCUAUCACAAAACUCCUGGAAAUUGUGGAAAAAAGGGUGAGACCUUUCUGCUACAGGGGUAAAGGAUUAGAGAUUCUGAGGAAGUAUCUAAUGACAGAAUUUAUCCCUUCAGAGCUCAACCUACCUUCACUUCGUGAAUUCAGUGACACUAUGAAAUCAUUGUCCGAGAGAAUCGACAUAUUACUUGACCGUUUCACUGACUAUUUGUCUCAGUGUGCACAACAACGAUUCAGUGGAUCCCCAUACAGACUCUAUGAUGAUAAAUUGGAGAAAAUAUACAGCGCCAGGAACAAAUACUUUGUUGUGUCACCCAAAAGGUUUGAGGAUGUAUCUGAGAAGAUGCAUUACACUGUUGAAACUGCAUAUGCAAUGAGGCGAUCUGAAGUGAAAAUGAUGAAUGCAGAUGGAUACCAACAGAUCUUUGACAUGGCCUCACAGCAGAAGGUAGGACAACUCAAGAAGGUUCAAGCUUUACUGCGACAAAACCUUGGUGGCCCAAGUCUCUUUGACAUCAGAAACUAUGUCUUUACCAUUUUUGCCUUGUCCGUCUGUUCCAAAGAAGAGUUGAAUGAAGAGGAUGCAAGAAAGUCAGUGAACAUCCUGAAGACGAUGGAGGCUGAAAAGGAUAGAGGGUUCUAUGGCUUGUUCUUUGAGAUGCUCUUGAAUUGGCCAGAUGGAACACCCGGAAAAAGAAUUGUGCCAAUCGGAAAAACAAUUAGGCAGCUGGAAAUUAUGUGGAAAGAGCGAUACCGCAAUAGGGAGUUUGCAGACUCAAGACACAACCUCCCCAGGCGAUCAAAAAUUCGUCAAAACCACAGCCCUUUAAAGGCUUUGACAGAGUUCUAUCUUGGACUCGAGAGCGAGAAGUCACGAUUUGUCCAUCGGAAGUCUAUUGGAAGGAUCACCUAUGACAUAUGGAAAGAAGAUUCUAUCAAGAAGAGACUCAAGAGGUUAGAUGGUGUCCUGGACAGCAAGCACUUUGUCCUGUACAACCCAGAUGGAGAAGAACCAAUGAAGAUUCCUCUGUCCCUACCCAUCAAAGGUCUCCCUAGCCAAGAACCUGUUCAGUUCUACCUAGGGUUCUCAUUUGCUGGCCCCCUGGCGUAUGACGUAGUGUACAAGGACAACAGGGAGACUCCUUUCAUUGCAAAGGAGAGUUCUGCAAACUACCCUAGCUAUGUUAAUGAACUGCAUGAUAUUGAGGAAGGUUCUGGUAGCUAUGAAUUCUAGAAUUCUCAUUUACAGAACCACGGGCUGCUAUAGAUUCAGAGAAAAGUGUCUUACAUCUAUGCUCUGUCAUGCCUGUAUGUUUAUGUCUUUCAGAGUAGACAUUCUGUGAAUAAUUUCAUGGCUUGUUAUGCAUAGCAGAAACCAAGAUGAAGGAUAUCUGAAUAUCUGUUUGCUGAAGUGUUUGAUUUGUCUAAAUGCUGUUUUUCAUGAUUAGCUUGUCAUCCAUCAGAGUCCCCUUUGGUUAAUAACUUCACUGUGUUUUAAGGCAUGAGCAAAUACGAUGAAAUUUCAGGCUUUCUCUGAAUAUUAACUCUGAAUACAAUCUUACUUAGUGUUUACGUUAAAGUUCAAUCGCAUGAAGGCUAAUUAAUGCUUUAGUGAACCUCCACCCCCUCCCCCUCCCCAGUGAAUAUCAUAACAUGUACAUAAAGUCUUAUAGGAAUGUGUAUUGUGUAUGACUUAAACCAGUGAUGAAAUAAACAGUGUUUUGAGUUUGACAUGUUCUGAUUUUACAUAAAAAUAUAUUUUGAUCGAGUUCCUGAUCAAGAUAUUCCAGAAAUAGAAAUAAUUCCUAUAAACAUGCUUAUCUAGCAUGUCUAGUAUACUUCUUAAGAAUGGAAUGAGUGUUAUGCUUGCAUAUUUCAUGGGUUCAAAGGCAGA